AUGGCCGCUCUGCAGCGCUUCAGCAUCCACAACGGGAACAACGUGUACCCCGUGGACUUUAUGCGCGUUGUCAUGCAAGACCAUGUCCGAGACAAUGCUAUUCAGGUCAAUUUGAGUCAACACUUCGACUUGCACGCGGUUCUGGUAGCUCAUCUUCCGCCUUUCGCCUACACCAGUACAGCAUGCUACGUGGUUUGCCGCAAAGAGUUCAUCAAGCACGCAAUCUUCAAAUCGACUCAUCAACUCGCGCGUGCUCUCAAUCCACCCAUACCCGCCGGAACCCUCCCUACGACUGGCAUCCGAAUCGCCAACGAGCUUCGCACGAUUUUUCACCAAUUUGUGCACUACAUACGAUUUCUUGAGAUGGAACGUGAGGACGCAUGGGUAAGCGUCGAGAACGGUGGUGAGUCUGGCAUAAGUGUCGUGCACUCUGCUUGUUCGAACUAUUCCCACCCGCUCGCUCUGUGGGUGUCCCAGAGGAGUUCGAAAUGCCACCGCUUGUUAUGCCACACAAGUUCAACAGCCACAGCUCCACGAGGAUUACAUCAUCAUCGUCAAACGCCUCCUCAACGUCCGUUACCGCGAGGUUGUCCAUGUCCAAUCCGGCCAGGCUCUGCAAGUCACCACUGCUCCUUGCCAAACGCAAUAUGA